AUUGUGACAUUGCAUAUUUUUGUCUUAUUGGCAUUUAUUGUUAUGUAUAGACAAAUUCUUAAGUCAAGACUUUGUGAUAAAUAAAAAAUCUUUUAUGGUAAUUUAGUCUGACAUAGGCUGAGAAUUCAAUGCCUAAUAACCUUUUUUUUAUGCUCAUCCUUUAUUCCAAUCCUUUUUUCAAAACACUUUGUUUUUUCUUCAUAUUUUAUAGGUUUAUUUAUAAACCCAUAAACCCGAUUUAAAGGAUUUUGUUGUGAUUUGACUAUGUUUUUUUUUCUUCAUAUUUUAUAGGUUUAUUUAUAAAUCCAGUUUUUCAAGUGUAGCACGAACGUCCCCUCUAUAUAAACCCCAUGCAAUAUGCAGGGAAGCGGCAAACCUACCCUACAUCACCAAAUACCUUCCAGUUACUUAUGGCUAUGAAAUUGGGCUCUUUGUUCUUAUUUGUUGUGCUACUCACUGACUUUGCACUGACAAAUAGCAAAGCUGCUAACACAGAUCCACCCAUUGUCUGUGACUCUCUUAAAAGAAGCAGCUUCGAUUCUCUUGUACCAGGGUUCAUAUUUGGCACAUCUUCAGCAGCUUAUCAGGUAGAAGGUGCUUGGAAUGAAAGUGGUAGAGGACCGAGCGUGUGGGAUAACUUCACCCACCAAUAUCCAGGUACGUAAUACUUCGUCAACAUUAACAACUUCUUGGUUGAGGGCAAAAUGCUUCUAACUUCCCAAACAUGUUUACGGUUUCUUGAGAAGUUGGAAACAUUUUGGAAUGUAACAUUCAUUAAGUACUUUUUAAUAUUCAUUAAGGAUAAAUAGGUUAAUAUAAUAAUUUUUUAACUACACCUCUAUUAAGUAAUAACCUCCCUAAAGUUAUAAAAAUGGUUUGGUCUCAACUUUAUAACUUUAUAAAGGUUUUACUGUAUAUAAUAGUUUGCAUGAUAUGGUUUUUGCGAUAUGUAUUCUCUAUAUAUGGACAAUUGCAGAAAAAAUCAGUGAUCACAGCAAUGGAGAUGUUGCUAUUGAUCAGUAUCACCUUUAUCAGGACGAUGUGAAAAUUAUGAAGAACAUGUCGAUGGAUGCUUAUAGGUUCUCAAUCUCAUGGUCAAGAUUGUUACCAAGUGGAACGCUAAGUGGGGGCAUUAACAAGGAAGGCAUCGAGUACUACAACAAUCUCACUAAUGAACUCCUAAGCAAUGGUAUAAAGCCAUUUGUGACGCUCUUUCAUUGGGACGUUCCCCAAGCUUUAGUAGACGAAUAUGGUGGGUUUUUAAGUGCUCGAAUUGUCAAUGAUUUUCAAGACUUUGCAGACCUUUGUUUUGAUCAGUUUGGAGAUCGAGUAAAACAUUGGAUCACGUUGAAUGAACCACGUACCGUGAGUAAUCAUGGUUAUGCAAUCGGAAUCCAUGCACCAGGACGAUGCUCUGCUUGGUAUAACCCAAACUGCACCGGUGGAGAUUCAAGUACUGAACCAUACACUGUGACACAUAACCAACUCCUUGCUCAUGCGACCGCUGUAAAGUUGUACAAGGAUAAAUACCAGGCAUGUCAAAAUGGAACAAUAGGAAUAACAGUGGUGUCAUACUGGUUUGAGCCAGCUUCAGAGACACAGUGGGAUAGAGAUGCUGCACUUCGAGCUUUAGACUUUAUGUUUGGAUGGUUCAUGGACCCACUAACACACGGUGACUAUCCUCAAACCAUGCGAGCUAUUGUUGGAGAGCGAUUACCAAGUUUUACGAAAGAACAAUCCGAGUUGCUAAGUGGCUCAUAUGAUUUUAUUGGACUAAAUUACUAUUCUGCUAGAUAUGCAAGCGAUGCAUCUUACAAUUGUUCUGAUAAUCCAAGCUAUGUAACAGAUCCUCGCGUUAAUGUUACAACUGAGCUUGAUGGAGUCCCCAUCGGUCCACAGGCUGCUUCUGACUGGUUAUAUGUUUAUCCAAAAGGAAUUCAAGACCUUUUACUCCACACGAAAGAAAAGUAUAAUGACCCAUUGAUUUACAUUACAGAGAAUGGGGUUGAUGAGUUCAAUGAUCCUACAUUACCGCUACCCGAAGCCCUUAAUGAUACCAAUAGAAUUGCCUACUAUAAUCGCCACCUAUGUUACGUUCAAGCAGCAAUCAAAAAUGGUACUAAUGUGAAGGGAUACUUUGCAUGGUCAGUGCUAGAUAAUUUUGAAUGGAGUGAUGGAUACACUGUUCGAUUUGGUAUCAUUUAUGUAGAUUACGAAAGUCUACAAAGAUCCUCAAAAUCCUCAACGUACUGGUUCCAAAGUUUCCUCAAGAAGUCCUCAAACAAUACGGAAGAAAUCAAAUCAUUUGUGGAUGGUAGUGUUGGGAACACCGAAUUUGUGUAUCAAAUUUGAUCUCAUGAUGGCGCAGGACAUAAGGCAACUAGAAUAAUUAGUACGUAUAAUUCAAGUAUAAAUACUUGAAGAAUAACUCUGUAUUCAUCUAAGAAUGCCUUGAAUUUGUGUGGAAAAGAGCAUUCUUAAUGAGAGAGCCUUACAUAUAUUUC